GCAGCAGCGGCAGUGUAGUAGUAGUAGAACAAUAAUGAUGGUAGGGCUGCCGAUGCGUUUUCGUAAUAUUAGUUCAAACUCGAUCCGUUCCUUCGAUCAGUCUUGCGUUUGAUCGGCCGGCUCGUGAGUCGUGGUCUGUUCCGGUUGAGACGUCUUCUUGCUGUGGCUGUCGUCAUUGCUGCUGCUGUUGCUGCCUCUGCACACGAAGUAGGUGCAUUGUGUCUUAUCCGAUUAUUCAAAAACGUGUUUCAAAUGGUGACAGCCCACGGUUUUGCUUUUCGUGCACUCGAGUAAAUGGUGUACGUACGAUCACGCUGUUGCACUACCAUUCACGUCUGACGAUACGAUUUCGUUAACGGCUUGUCGCCGAUUUUAUUGAAAAGAAAUAAAUAAGUUCAAUAUCGAAGCCAUGGCCAACAAAAUGAGGUCCAAGAACCCGCCAGAAAAGAAGACGCCGUCGGUGCAGGUUAUCAGUAAACUACCCCCGGACGGUGGUUGGGGCUGGUUUGUCGUAUUCGGAUCGUUCAUGAUACACGUAGUCACUGAUGGAGUAACCUAUUCGUUUGGUGUUUUGUACACGGAAUUCUUAGAAGUUUUCAAAGAAAGUAAAGGGGCAACUGCAUGGAUCGCAUCCUUGUUGGUUGGAGUUACUUUAUGUUCAGGACCCAUCGCUAGUAUUUUCGUAAACAAAUACGGUUGUCGUGUGGUGACUAUUGCAGGAGCCAUACUUGCGAGCAUUUGUUUGAUGACUAGUGUAUUCGCCAACAGUCUGGUAACGCUGUACAUAACUAUCGGACUCGGAACAGGUCUGGGUUUCGGUAUGAUCUAUCUGCCUGCCAUCGUGAGCGUGACGUGCUAUUUUGAUAAGUACAGGUCACUGGCCACCGGUAUCGCAGUUUGCGGAUCAGGGCUGGGCACGUUCAUUUUCGCGCCGUUGGUUGAUUACCUCGUGAAAGGGUACGGCUGGAAGAUCACCGUGGCCGUCAUAUCGUGCCUGGUGUUCAUGUGUACGCUGUUCGGUAUGCUGUUCCGGCCGCUGAACUCAUCCGCGGCCGACGACGAUGGUGACGAGGACGGCGAAAGACCGGCGCUGAUGAACGGCGCCGUGGCCACCACAGUCGUACUGAACAUUAUCGAACCGCCGGCGGCCGAGAGCCAGCCGCUGAAAAACGGUUGUGGCAGCGUGGACGCGGCCACCCGGUCAUACGAGCACAUACCCAAUUCGGACGAUGACGACGAGUGGCGUGGCGCCGGCCACGACCAGGCCGAGAUGUCGCAUGACGCUUUGCUGCUGUCGGACGGCAGGCGGACCAGCAAAAGCUCGGCCAAGGCCGCAGCCGCUUCCAACGCAGUGGCCGACUCCGCCAGAAUCGGCAACGAUCUGGACAAGCAGUCCAGGUUCACACUCAGCCAGCCGGAGCUGAUCGCCGCAUCCAGUUGCCGGCUCAGCUGUCGGCUCAAUACUCGGCAGCGGAACGAGGUGUGCUACGCCAGCCAGAACUUAAAGCCGUCCGCGAAUGGCGGCAGCGGCGGUAUCAUGUACCAGAAAGACAUAUUCUACAGCGGUAGCCUGGUUAAUAUAAACGUGAACCGCAGGAGGACCAUAUCGCAGUCAACCAACGCUGGUGCUUAUGCCACCGAAAUGACCAACACAAACAUAGAAAGCGACCAAUUUUCGGACGGUAUCUGUUGUUCUGCCGAUGCCAAGAGCACAAUAAAGACAAUGCUGGAUUUCUCACUACUUAAAGACCCCGUAUUCAUACUGUACACAAUAUCCAACUUCUUGACGAGCAUUGGCUUCAACAUACCGUACUUGUACUUGGUGCCUCAAGCCACCAUGAUGGGCAUAGCAUCGAAUCAUUCAAGUUACCUGUUAGCGUUAUUGGGCAUAGCCAACACAUUGGGAAGGAUCAUACUCGGAUUUAUAUCGGACAAACCGUGGAUAAAUAGGCUCAUGGUGUACAAUCUGUGUUUAACUGUUUGUGGUAUAGCUACGAUGUUGAGCACAUACUGCACGGGCAUAGUCUCGUUAUCCUUGUACACUAUCGUUUUCGGAUCCACGAUCGGUGCGUACGUCGGUCUGACUUCGGUGAUCCUGGUGGACCUGCUGGGCCUGGAUAAAUUGACAAACGCUUUUGGAAUCCUGUUGAUGUUUCAGGGCAUUGCCUCACUCGUCGGACCACCCAUAGCCGGGUGGCUGUACGACGUGACGGGCUCUUACAACCCGGGUUUCUACCUUUCGGGAUCGAACAUCGCCGCCAGUGGUGUGAUGCUGUUCAUCAUACCGUUCGUCCAGCGGCAGUGUGAACGGAAGGAACUCGAGAAAAUGACUGCAGUAGUAAAUAAUUAACACAUAAUGACAGACGGACACACACACAAUGUACUCCUAUACGAAUUGUUAUAAAUGUUACGUUAUAUGGGAAAUUAUUUAAAAAAAAAAAAAAUCAUCGA